AUGUCCAACGGUAUAGAAGUCGACGACUACCUAAAUUCUCUCUCCACCGAAGCGCUGCAAAAAAUUUGUCUGGACCGCGGAUUUGGACUUGAAAACGAAGGGAAGGACUUUGAUCGGGAUGAUUAUUUGGAAGCUGCACGACGUUGCGUCAACCUUGAAAACGAAAUGAACGCGAUACUGGCCGAAAAUCCCGAGCUGGCAGCUGAGCUAGAGGCAGAAAUAGAAAGGAUGAAGCGUGCUAAAGACCAAUUAGAAAUCGAACGCGAGCAAAUAUUGGCAGAGAAAACGCUACUGGAACAGCAGUUGAAAGAAGCUGGUGUUGAUAUGGAGGCUGCCAAGACAGAGGCAACAACGUUUGGGCAGAAAACAGCGGGCUUGUCCACGAGUUCGGUAGAUCCUCAAAGUUUCGAAGAAGUCUUCAAGGAAUCCAUCAUUCUUUUGUAUGAUCGUGUCAAGCAAGAUCUCAUCUUCAUUCGAAAGCUACUCCGACUAAUUUUGGAGCCUUUGCAAGAUGGCAUUAAGUUGGUGUGGAGCUAUGGAAGCAGUGUGUUGGAAAGGUGA